AAGGUGGCGUCUAGCCCAGUAUUAGGGGUGUUCAGUAAGCCCUAGAAUCUGCUGUCAUGAUUUACUCCAGUGUGAUUCAUGCAUCAUUUGCUGAUAUUGUGAUAGCCAAGAUUAUAUUCACAACAGCAGCAGCGAUGUGAUAAAUUCUGACAGAAACCUGUCAGCAUACUUGACUUCACUCCUUGCUGAAACUAAUUCACAAAGUUACUCAGCAAUACUACCAGGUGGAAUCACUGCUAUGAAAGUUAAUGACAAGGUUUUACUAAUUCUUUCUCUCUUUGUCAUUCUUGGACUUGCUGUCUUCGUGCUUUUCUUAUCCUGGUUCACAAAGGCAUCUAAGCUUUUCAACCCUCCAAAAUGCCCUGUCUCCGUGAAUUAUCAUUUUACCCGGCAGUGCAACAAGAGUUGUGGCUUCUGUUUCCAUACUGCAUCUACUUCCCAUGUGGAAAGUAUUGAGAAUGCCAAGCGGGGACUUGCCCUCCUCCAAGCCGCAGGUAUGAAAAAGAUUAACUUCGCCGGCGGGGAGCCGUUCCUGGACAAACAACGUCUUGGGAAAAUGAUAGACUACUGCAAAGAAGACUUACACCUCGAAUCAGUCUCCAUCGUCACAAACGGUAGCUUAGUCACCAGGAACUUUCUCGCUAGACAUGGACAUAAUAUCGAUAUUCUCGCCGUUUCCUGUGAUUCUUUCAAUGAACAUACCAACACCAAGAUUGGCCGGGGAUCCGGCGAUCAAGUUUCAAAGCUUUACAAGAUACGAGACCUGUGCCGCGAGUACGGUAUCAAGUUCAAGAUCAAUACCGUGGUCUGUCGGCUUAACUUCCAAGAGAAUAUGAAUUCCUUCAUCGAAGACCUACAGCCAUUUCGCUGGAAGUGUUUCCAGGUACUGCUCGUCGACGGAGAAAACGAAUCCGAUAAACGACUUCGAGAUGCACGCAAGUUUCUCAUCACUGAUGAGGAAUUUGAGUCUUUUUGCAAUACACACAGCCACCAAAAAGCAUUUGUACCAGAGUCGAAUGCUCUCAUGGCCAAGUCAUAUCUCAUUCUGGAUGAGUAUAUGCGGUUUCUAGACCGAGAUGGUCGCGACCCGUCGCCUUCUAUCUUGGAAGUUGGAGUUGAUGAGGCACUUGAGUGCGUAUAUUGGGAUGAGGACAGUUUUAAGGCCAGGGGAGGAGAGUAUGAUUGGUCGACACAUCGGGGUAUUUGCUCGGAUGCUAAAAAGGGCUUGGAGUGGUAGAUAUUUUGUGAUAAUCUCUUGUUAGGGUUCUUAUCUGCUUGGAUGUUUCUUGGAGAUGCAUGAUGCGUUGAGGUAUGAUAUCCCGACAUUGGGCUUUUGUCGAAUACUUUCAGCCUUGUACUAAGAUAACUUCCGACCAUGGUCAGUUGAACCAAUUUUGAUACUGGGCUACGAUAAAUGGAC